AAUGAGCGAACGAGUGAGGCAAGCCGCCAUCUUGAAAUGUGGAAAAUUGACGAUAUAUACGACUAAAAAGCACUCUUCCAACCUUCUUUUCUUGGUAGGGAGUCUGCAGGUAUCCACAAUACAUGCUACAAUUCCAUUAUGAAGUGCGAUAGUGAUAUCCGUAAGGAUCUCGACGCUAACACUGUCCUCUCUGGUGGGUCAACCAUGUAUCUUGGUAUUGCUGACAGAAUGCAAGAAAUCACCUCUUGCCCUCUAGAAAUCAAGGUCAUUGCUCCACCAGAUAGAAAAUACUCUGUCUGGAUUGGUGGCUCCAUUUUGGCAUCACUUUCCACCUUCCAACAGAUGUGGAUCUCGAAACAAGAAUACGAUGAAUCUAGACCUUCGAUUGUGCACAGGAAAUGCUUCUAGAAAGGGAAAAUAUUAUGGAGUUUGUUGACUAACGUAGCAUCAAAGUUGAAAUAAAUAAAGCUUUUGUUGGUUUUAUUUGCUUCCUUCUUUUGUAUGAAGACCUGAUUUUCAUGUUUUCUUUAUUUAUAUCUGUAAAGUUAUUUGAAUUUUAAAUUGUGAAAUUUUGAUGAUUGAACACAUAAUUGAACAACAACA